AUGGAGCUCGUGGCUGAAACGAACGACUGGCCGUUCGGCUACAACUGCACAAAGUCGCUCUCUGACGGUGACCUCUUUGUUGUAGCAAUGCUCCGCUCCUUGAUGCCCGUUGAAGCCUCCGUCCCCUCUUCCCUAUCCCAAGUGCACCCACCCCCUAGUCACGCUCGGAAGCCCUUCUUGCGUGUCGUGCUUCACUCGUGCUGCUCGGCGUGGUCGGUGGCGGACGCUGGCUCUCAGACACUUGUGCUUUCAGCCCGCAUUCAGGGCGAAAUCUUCCGCUUCUGCCGUUCUAUCAUUGAAAUCAUCUACCGGCGGUCGAGCAAGGGCAUCAGCUGCUUCUUCCUGCUCCUGGGCACCCUCAACGCAUUUUGCCUGUUUGACAACUCGAUCGUGUACCAGUUCGACGUCAUUGCGUGCUGUCCCGAAUGGGAUGGCUCGGAUUGCCAGAAACAAUUGCUGAAAUUAUACCAGCUUGGUCUCCAGUUCUCGAGCUUGGUCUUCAUUUACGGACUCUUCCUCGUCUUCUUCCCGAAACGUGAUGAGAGCAAUGCGGCCGAAUGGCGCCGCUCUUGCAUUUCUGCUGGCGUGUGCUUUGCAGCCGUCAGCAUUUUCGCGUCAAUCCAUGCCAUCAUUGCCACGCAAGAGGGCGUCCAGUCCAGCAUGCUCUCGCACUAUGCGGACGUUCUUGGAUACUUUGGCGUGGGCUUUGUGCUUUGUCAGUUCGUCCCCCAAAUCUACAAGACCAUCAAAGAGAAGUCUGCAGGCUCGUUCAGUAUUCCAAUGCUGAUCAUUCAAACUCCAGGAAGCUUCAUCUUUAUGUACUUUUUGGCAACAGGCCACAACCCCGAGGUCACGUCUUGGCUGCCGAUUCUAAUCACCGGCAUCCUGCAAACAAUAUUGCUCUCGUCGUGCAUUUUCUUCGCCAUCCGUGACCGCCGAGCUCGGAAGGCGCAGGAUCUCGAGCGAAAGCCCCUGCUCGAGGAAGUUGAGGUGAAGGCCACACCGAUGAACUGAACCAACUUUGUGUUUUUGUUUUUUCGUUUCAACAACGCAAGCCAAAAACGGUUGACUUUUUGUCGACAAUCUAAUGCAUAGAAUAAAUUGAAUGGCUUAUUGUUUAAUGAAGAAUACAAGGGCGACGCGUAAAUCCG